GUCCAGCCUUCCUCUUCCUGGAGCGGGUGCCAGCCCCCAGCCCACUUGCGUCAGGGACACAAGGACUCCUUCCCUUUCCAGCCUGGAAAGCCCCUUUGCCGCCGCCUGGAGGAAGGGAGCUGCGUGCCCUGCUGCCCAGGACCCCGGGCUGGCCUAGAGUCAGUGGCGCCUACGGGCAUGGAUCUGGAUGGGGAGAAGGACCAAGCAGCCUCCACAGUUCAUUCUGGGACCAGGCCCUCAUGGGCACGCACUAGGCUCCUGUUGGAAGACGCUAAGGGCCCCAGGACAGACCCUCUCUCCAGUCAACUGGGUUCCCAGAUGGCAGAGGUGGCAGAGUGGGGCAGGGUACUCAGCCCCACUCAGAAUUGGGAAGCUUAGCCUCCUGCAAAGACCCGAGCACAGCACAUCUGCAAUGUACGGGGGGGUCUCCUGGAGACUGGCCAGCCGGUGGAGAGCUGGGGGAAGUGGGUGACGCUGCGGUGGGAGGGGCUACCUUGCCUCUGGGGAAGUGCAAUUGCUAUCUGGCUCCCAGGCCUGGGUAGCUGGGUGGGGGCUGGGGAGCCAUCUCCGCUCUGAGUGCCUGAAUCUCGCCUUCCCUACACUGGGCCAAGCCUGCCGGCGCCUCCCCAUCCUCACCUGACCAGCUUGACAUCCCUGGGCCUCUCUGGAGACCAGUGGGGGGGGUAGGGAGGGGCGCUGUAACGCCUGGCUUGGCACUCCUCUUGUGGCCAGACCCCUUCCAGCGGCCCCACGGCUAAUAAGGGAGAUGGGGGUGGGGACGGUGGUUGAUGCCAAAGGUCAUGGGGGCAGGGGCGGGGCAGGAGAGGAAGGUUCCCUGGCUUCCCUCACCUUGGGCAGAUGAAAGGCGCACAGCUCCAGGCGGGGCUGAGCCGGGCGCAGCUGUGAUUUCAGGGCGCCUCUGGCAGUGCUGUGAUUUGAGAACCUCGGUGUCUUGGGUGACUGAUUCCGGGAGACUGCAGAUGAGCAAUGCUGGGAAUGGCCCCACACGGAGGCUGCGGGGCUUGGAGGUCCUGGCCGGAGUGGCUCUGCUGGCCGCCCUCUGGCUCCUGUGGCUGCUGGGGUCAGCCCCUCGGGGCACCCCGGCACCCCAGCCCACCAUCACCAUCCUUGUCUGGCAUUGGCCCUUCACUGACCGGCCUCCAGAGCUGCCUGGCGACACCUGCACCCGCUACGGCAUCGCCCGCUGCCGCCUGAGCGCCAACCGGAGCCUGCUGGCCAGCGCCGACGCCGUGGUCUUCCACCACCGCGAGCUGCAGACCCAGCGGUCCCACCUGCCCCUGGCCCAGCGGCCGCCCGGGCAACCCUGGGUGUGGGCCUCCAUGGAGUCGCCCAGCCACGCCCACGGCCUCGGCCGCCUCCGCGGCAUCUUCAACUGGGUGCUGAGCUACCGUCGAGACUCAGACAUCUUCGUGCCCUACGGCCGCCUGGAGCCCUACUUGGGGCCCUCGCCGCCGCUGCCGGCCAAGAGCGGGGUGGCCGCCUGGGUGGUCAGCAACUUCCAGGAGCAGCAGCCACGUGCCAGGCUGUACCGGCAGCUGGUGCUUCACCUGCGGGUGGACGUGUUUGGCCGCGCCAGUGGGCGACCGCUGUGUGCCAGCUGCCUGCUGCCCACCGUGGCCCGAUACCGCUUCUACCUGUCCUUCGAGAACUCUCAGCACCGAGACUACAUCACGGAGAAGUUCUGGCGCAACGCACUGGCGGCUGGUGCUGUGCCCGUGGUGCUGGGGCCCCCACGGGCGACCUACGAGGCCUUCGCGCCUGCCGACGCCUUCGUGCACGUGGACGACUUUGCCUCGGCCCGAGAGCUGGCGGCUUUCCUCACCGGCAUGAACGAGAGCCGAUACCAACGCUUCUUUGCCUGGCGUGACCGGCUCCGCGUGCGACUGUUCACCGACUGGCGGGAGCGCUUCUGUGCCAUCUGUGCCCGCUACCCCCACCUGCCUCGCAGCCAGGUCUAUGAGGACCUGGAGGGCUGGUUCCAGGCUUGAGCUCUGCUGGCCGGGGGAGGUGGGUAUGAGUGGAAGGGCUGGGUGUCGAAAUCAAACCACCAGGCAUCCGGCCCUUACCGGCAAGUACUGGCCUAGCAGGAGGCUGGGGACCGGGGUCAGGAAGCAGGGGCGGGGGGUGCAGGCGGGAGCAGGAGCAGGCAGAGGAGGCGAGAGCGGGAGGGAGUAACGGGUGCCUGCUGUCGGGGCAGAUGGGAGGGGAAAGGCUGCCGAGGAUCCUCCCCACCCGAACAAAUCUCGUGUGGGUCAAGGCCUGGCUGGAAGAGGGUGAAAGGCAGGCCCUUGGGGCUGGGGACACCCCAGCCUACAGUGUGUGGGGGCCAAGCCUGGGACCGCGAGCUUCCUCUGUAGCAGAGGCACUGUGGUCGCCAGGACACAGCCACGGGUCCCUGCCGCACCCACAGUCCUGAGGUCCCUGCAUGCAGGCUGGCACGGGGCCCAGGAGACCACGAGGAGCAAGCCAGCUUGUUCUGGGCUCAGGGUGGGAGGCAGAGGGCAAUAAAGACCUACAGCAGUG